AUGGGAAAAAAGAAUCAAGAUGAGGAUGGGUUCAUAGAAGUCACUAAGAGAAAGAGCAAGAAAGUUUUUUAUAAGCCCACAAACCCAGUCAAUACAACGAAAGGUAUUGACACCAAAGAUGCUCAGAACUAUUCUGGCAAUCAAAAUCAAGGUCAACAGGUGGCAGAUACAAGAAAUCAGGUUAAUAAGCUUUUAGUAGCUGAACAAAGCAAGCAGAAAGAGCAAGAAAAGGCACCAGAAAAACCUCUUAUUUUAACAGGAAGCAUAGAGGAAAAAUUAAAUUUGGAAAGUGUUGGAGCUAAAGGGCAGAAGAAGAAGCAAAGAAAGAAAAGGAAGAAAGUAAAUGCUGCUAGAUUCCUCAAGAAUAUGCUAUGGGAUAAACAAAAACCAAAGCAAGAAUAUGCUAGGGAAAAUCUGGAUAGAACAGAGCAUUAUAAGAACAAUAAAUCUUUAGAUAGCAUGGAGGUUAAUAAAGGAGAAAUUGGAGAUGAUUUAUUAGACAGCCAGGGAAGUAGCUCUAAAGGAGAACAUAAAGGGCAUAUGUCUCCUAUUACUGCGGAUACUGAAUGUUUGCAACAAAAAGGAGGUAGACUGGAGAUAGAUUUGGGAUAUGUCAAGUUCAUUCCACUUGAAGAUAAACAUGGCCCGGAUAUAGAACAUAAUUCAGAUCAGGAAUUAUGUUAUGACACCAGCGAGGAACAAAUAGCACGAAUUUCAUCAGAUGAGGAGGUGCCAAACAGUUUUGAGAAUAUUACUGCAGCAGAAGAGGAGCAAAUCCUGGACAGCUUGGUUGAAGUAUUUGCUCCAAGUCCAAGAGACAUCAAUGACCCUAUCACACAGGAAAGAGAACAAGUCAUAAAUCAGCAAGGCUUAUCACCAAGAGGUAGCAAAAACAGGAAAGGUAAAAACAGUAGAAAAGGAAACAAAGCUGAACAAGCUGAAAAAAUGGAACCUUUUUUACAAAGUAAUAAAAUUGAAAAAUUUAGGAGAAAGCUUGGAUUUGAUCAUGCUAUCUCCAAUUCUCAUAGUAAAGUUUGGAUUUUUUGGAAAGCUAACAUCAUUUGUUCAGUACUGUCCAAAAGUAGACAACAAGUUACUUUGCAGGUUCAGCUACAAGGAAAUGCAGACAUGUCUUGGAUAACAAUUGUAUAUGCUAGAUCCAAAGCAAAUAAAAGGAGACACCUGUGGCAGAAAUUAAGAGAGCUAAAUUAUAUCAUAAAUGGCCCAUGGAUCAUUGGAGGGGACUUUAACUCCAUAAUGGAAGCGGAAGAAAAGAAAGGGGGUGUUCCAUUUAGAUUAAGCAAUUGUCUUGACUUUAUUAAUUGUAUGGAAGACUGUGGAAUGACUGAUGCAGGUUUUACAGGUAAUAUACACACUUGGUGCAAUGGAAGAGGAGGAACUGAACGGAUACAUAUGAGACUUGAUAGACUUGUGUACAAUGAAGAAUGGUCUACCAAAUUUCAAAACAUUCAUGUGGAGCAUCUAUCAAAAACUGGAUCAGACCAUAAUCUAUUACUGGUCGACUGCACAGAGGACAAUCGACAGGUAAUCAAGUAUUUUAAGUUCCUUAAUUUCUGGACAGAGCAAGAGGACUUUCUUCCAUUGGUUAAAAAUGUUUGGGACACUGAAGUUUAUGGUAAUCCUAUGUGGAGGUUACAACAAAAGCUUAAGUUUUUAGCCAAGGAACUAAGUAAAUGGUCUAGACAUAGCAUUGGAGAUGUUUUUGAGAAAGUUAAGGAGCUGGAAAAACAAGUUUCAGAAGCUGAAACAGCUUAUUUGAACUCAGACUCUGAUAUUGAUAGAAUGCUUCUCAAUAAAUCUAAGGCUGAAUAUAUAAAAUGGUUGAAAAUGGAAGACUCUAUCAUCAGGCAAAAGGCUAGAAUAAAAUGGGCUGAAGAUGGAGACUCCAAUACUAAGUACUUUCAUAGUACUAUCAGGGCUAGAAGAAGGAGAGCCCAGAUUUUUAAAAUCAAAGAUCAACAGGGCCAUUGGGUAGAAGGUAAUACUGACAUUUCUAAAGCUGCCACAGAUUACUUCAGUGAGAUGUUCUCUGAAAACCAGAGGGAUUUAAAUUUGGACUUUGUUAAAGACUGUGACAACUUGAUUAGUCAAGAGGACAAUACUCUAUUGACCAAAAUUCCAACAGCUGAGGAAAUCAAAAUGGCAAUAGAUUCUAUGGAUCCUAAUAGUUGUGCAGGACCAGAUGGAUUCAAUGGUUUCUUUUUCCAACACUGCUGGGAAAUCAUCAGAAGAGAGGUAUUAUCCUUUGUUCUUUCCUUUUUUCAUGGAGCUGAACUCACUAAGUUUUAUACUCACUCUUGUUUAGCUCUUAUCCCUAAGGUCACUUCUCCUGAUUGUUUUUCAAAGCUUAGACCUAUCAUUUUAAGCAAUUUUUCUAACAAAAUUCUAUCAAAAAUUCUUGCUUUGAGAAUCAACACUAUUUUGCCUAAGAUUAUUUCAGAAAAUCAAACUGGUUUUGUUAAAGGAAGACUGAUUACCGAAAACAUUCUCUUGACACAGGAGAUUAUUCAUGGUAUGAGAUCCAAAUCUAAUGAUUGCAAUGUUGUUAUCAAGCUUGAUAUGUCUAAAGCCUAUGAUAAAUUAUCUUGGAAUUUCCUUACUUCUAUUCUUAGGAAGAUGGGAUUUGACGAUUUCUUUAUUAACAUGGUUUAUAGACUAAUUUCUAAUAACUGGUAUUCUGUGAUUAUUAAUGGCAUUAGAUUUGGUUUCUUCAAAUCCUCUCGGGGAUUAAAACAAGGAGACCCUUUGUCCCCAGCUCUUUUUAUUAUUGCAGCUGAAACUCUUACCAGAGCCUUGAAUUAUCUUCACCAUAAUGAAAGGUUCGCUAGUUUCUCAAUGCAUAAAAAAGGCCCUCAAAUUAAUCACCUGAGCUAUGCUGAUGAUCUUGUUCUAUUCACAUCUGCUGAUAGAAUCUCUAUUAAGCUUAUUAUGAAACAGUUGAAGUUGUAUCAAAGAGCUUCAGGACAGGAAAUUAAUAAGGAUAAGACUUGCUUUCUAACUCAUAGUAAGACUGACAGGAUCUAUAACAGAAGGAUAAGAAGGUGGACUGGUUACAAACAGGCUACUUUCCCCUUCACUUAUUUAGGCUGUCCUAUAUACUGUGGAAGAAAAAGAAUCUCUUAUUUCUCUGAUAUCUCCAAAAAGAUUAUCAAUAAGAUUGCAGGUUGGCAAGGUAGAUUCUUAUCACCUGGAGGUAAGGCUGUGAUUAUUAAACAUAUUUUACAAUCUCAAACUCUGCAUAUAUUUGCUGCACUGAUGCCACCAGUAACAGUUUUAUAUGAGAUUGAAAUGCAGUUUGCUAACUUCUUUUGGGGUGAAAAAGACGGGAAAAACAGCUAUCAUUGGUCCUCAUGGGAGAACAUGAGCUUUCCUGUUAAAGAAGGAGGCCUGGGCUUCAAAAGUUUGCUGGACAUCUGUCAUACUUUCACUGCUAAAAGAUGGUGGAGACUAAGAACUGAGCCUUCUCUGUGGGCACAAUUUUUAAAAGCCAAAUAUUGUCAAAGAAGCAAUCUCAAUUCCAAAAUGAUAGCUUCAAAAGACUCUGCUGCUUGGAAGGACCUGCUUCACAUUAGGGAUAAAAUGGAGAUCAAUAUCAACUGGAGAAUUAAUUCUGGUAAAAUUUUAUUCUGGUGGGAUAACUGGACUUUUAGAGGGUCCCUUUAUCAAAUGAUUAAUCCAACUCCCAAACCUAGAAAUGUAAUGGUUAAACACUUUUUACAUAAUCAGCAAUGGGAGUUGGAUGAAAAUGAUCCUUUUAUUCCAAGGAACAUCCUGGAAAUGAUCAAAAAUAUCCCUAUUGGCAAUGAAAGGGAGGAUGAUAAAGCAAUAUGGAAUUUGAAUAGCAAUGGAACAUUUAGUUGUUCAACUGCUUAUGAAAUUGUUAGGAAUAAAAAUAUGGCCCCUCCUAUUUAUAAGUACAUUUGGACUAAAGAGAUUCCUUUUAAGAUUUCAUUUUUCAUGUGGAAACUUUUAAAGAAAAAUCUUCCUCUAGAUGCUUACUUAUCAAGAUUUAACAUUAACAAGGGCCCCAGUUGUUGUUGUUGCAGGGUAGCAUGCAUGGAAACAGGUGACCAUGUCUUCGCUGCAAGUGAACUGGCCAAAAAAACAUGGCAGAAUAUAACGAGACCUCUGGGAUUUACGGUCACUGCAAAUUCAGUCCAAGCCAUUCUUUGGCAGUGGUGGAGACAAAAACCAAGGAGCUUAGUCCAUAAAUUCUUGCUACUUAUCACUCCAGUGAUAAUCAAGGUGGGCAUUGGGAAGAAAUUCAAGUACAUUGAUUACACAUGGAACUGGAACAAGAAUCAGAGAAAAGCUGGAGCUGGUGGUAUUGUUAGAAACAGAAUUGGGAACAUGAUCAUGGCCUUCUCAUAUCCAUCCCAAUUCUACACGAACAAUUAUAGCGAAGCUCAAGCAGCUCUGAUAGGAAUCUCUUGGUGUGUUAAUCAACAGUUUGAGGCAUUAGAAGUGGAACUGGACUCAUUAUUGGUGGUUCAAAUGCUAAAUGGUACACUUAAACCCCCAUGGAGGAUUCAAGGUAUUAUUGAUGAAAUAAGGGCAAAGAUGACAGGUAGAAACAUCUCAGUUCAACACUGCUACAGAGAAGGGAACGAGGUUGCGGAUACUCUAGCCAAAUACGCUGCACAAGUACAAGCCCCAAGAAUUUUUUUGAUUGAAGGAGACCUACCUAUGGAGGCUAGAGGUCCUUUAAGAAUGAACAAACUUGAUCUCCCAUCCUUCAGGAGACAAGUGAAGAAAAACUCCGGCUGGUUCUUCGAACCUCCGUGA